AUGACGUCGUACUUGAUCUUCUUGGCUUACAUCAUUAGAUCUUCGAUGGCCGCUUCCGAUGCAAGCGUACCGGAAUUGUUGUCGUCUUCGUGUCUUAAUGGUGGCUUCUUGAACGAAACAGAUGGUGUUUGCAUUUGUCUACAUCUCUAUACAGGAACACACUGUGAAAAACCGGUAUGCUCCAAAUUUGGACGUUAUUCUGAAAAAGAAGGUCGUUGCAUAUGCGAAGGUGACUACGUUGGCGAUCACUGCGAGUCUCGUUGUCAUGGAUGGGUGAAUCAAACAACUGGUGAAUGCCAAUGUUCUGGACGUCUUUUCGGAAAAGCAUGUGAUUUGGUAUGCGUUGAAGGUCAAGUGAUUGACGGACGAUGUAGAUGCCGAGAAGGCUACAUGGGUAUGUCCUGUGCAACGUGUGACCCCACUUCCGGCAGGGAGUGCGAAAUUCCUUCAAAACGGCGAGGUGCAGUGAAUUCUCGAUUAACGCUCAGUGGUUUAUCGUUUUGUAUGAUCACCAUAGGAUUGUUGUGCGUCACUGCAAGGAGACGUCGCGCUGGACCACUUCCCCCAUCCGAAGAUACGUGGUAUCGAGUUUUUCAGCCUGCUCAGACAAGAGCUGCUAGGUGUCGACACGAUUUAAUGUGCGGGGGAUCGUGGAUGCCUAGGGAUCGAGCACUUCUGGUAGCUCCCGGUAGAGCGGCCGUUGUCCACGGAAAUAACCGUAGCUCUAAUCGUGGGCGACGUCUUGUCACACCGCCACCUAGCUAUACUUCUGUCGACAACUUAGCAGACGAUCAAUUACCGCCAACAUAUGAGGAGGCGACACGAAUUCUGGAGAAUUCGCCGACAAGCGCAGCGUUGAUUCAGGAGUUGAUCGACGAGACUGUGCAGACUGUUGAAGCGAAAGAAGAUUCACCAGAUAUGGCUGAGGCUAGUACGAACACCACUACGACAGCCGAGACGCAAACAACACAAGAGAUGGAUGAGAUUGCGAACACGACCACCACCACGUUGUCCGGCUCGAUCUGA